UAUCCAACCGGCAACAGCUAAAAAAUUGACAUUUUGUUUGGUGCUUGUGAUUGGUAGUGUUUGCUUCUGUAUAAAUCUUCUUCAUUGUCAAUCCAAAAUACAAAAAAUAGUGGCGUCUAUUAGGAAAAACAUUUUAUUAUAUUAUAGAGUGUUUGUUUUAAGGCUCAGUAUCUCUAAAUAGAAAUAAUAAGGUAAUCAUGAGUAAAAGAAACAGUCCUGUUCCGGAAGAAGAACCACCAGCCCCAGAAGAGUAUGUUGUAGAAAAAAUUCUUGAUAGUCGUAUUAAUGAUCAUGGUAUUAAAGAGUACUUCUUAAAAUGGAUAGGCUAUGAAGAAAAAGACAACACCUGGGAACCAGAAGGUAACUUAGAUUGUCCUGGACUAAUUGAAGCUUUUGAAAAGGAAAAGGCUAGGAAAGACAAAGAAAAUGAGAGAAAACGCAGACCAAGCACUUUAACAGAACAAAGAUCAGUGAAGAAAAAAACUGACGACAAAAAAUCAUUAGGCUUCGAUAGGGGGUUAGAGCCAGAGAAGAUAAUUGGUGCUACUGAUAGUCCGGGACAAUUAAUGUUCCUAAUCAAAUGGAAUGGAACCGAUGAAGCAGAUCUCGUACCCGCUAAACAGGCUAAUAUAAGGUGUCCACAGGUUGUCAUAAAAUUCUAUGAAGAAAGGCUUAAAUGGCAUGCGCCCUCGCUAGAAGAUUCAAAAGGCGAGUAGAUGUAAUGUUUAGAUUAUAUUUUAGGUUUUUAAUCAUGAAAUUGUGAGAAGUUUUAACCAGUGGCGGUUUAACCUAACUUCGGGCCCUGGGCACUAGAGAUUUAGGGGGCCCCUUCAUUGCUAUUCGUUGUCAAUUUUUUUAACAAAAAAACACAUGAAUUAACCUGCUUUAUUGUAACUAUAAACGUUUAUUGUAAAACCCAUACAUUUUUAAAAAUAAAAAAAAAGAUUUUUAAAACAAACGAGAAAAAUAGCAAACGUAAAAAUAUUCUAAAAAAUACAUUUAAAAAUAUUAAAAAGAACAGAAAGUUCUACAGAACAACACAUGACAAACAAAAAAUCAUAUUCUAAAAAAUAUAUAAGACAAAAAUUUGCUCACUUUUUUUCUUGACUAGGCAUUAGCAAACUGCCAUAUUAAUACUAUCAAAAUUCAGUUGCUCCACUUCUUCAUUUUUUAUAAUACGGUAGUGAUUAUGCGUCUAGGUUUUCUUGACAUUCUUACCUUCAGUAUAUGUAUCUUUAUUCUUUUUAAAGCCAAAAAAGACCGCUCGCUGACGCAUUAGAAAUUGGUAUCGUCAAAUAAACUUGCAGUGAAGCUAAAAAUUGGCAAAAGUUGCCUUUAUAUCCUGGAUGACACCAAAUUUUCAAAUGUAUUCAAAUUUUGGCAUAACGUUAUAAAAUGAAUAAUUUCAUUAUGCAAGUUCUCUUUGUUGUUCUGAAGCUAUUUCUUUGUGGCAUUUUUAUAAUCAACUAUUUUCAAUGGGAAAUAAGCCACAAUUUUACCAAAAAAAUGAUUUUAUUAACGUUUCGAAGCCCAAAUCGGGUUUUGUUGUCAAAAUACAAAAUACUACUAAAAUAAACAAAAAUGUUGUUGCUAAGUAAAAAAAUUCUUCUAAUAAUUUAUUUAAUCUGACUCAUUUAUAUUGGCAAUUCAGACGUAUUUUAAAGUAGAAGACUUUAAAAUGAUACCGCCAAUAUUUAUGAGUUGCGUUCCUGGGACGACUUUACUAAAAGAUAGUUCAUUCGAUUACAUGAAAUCAAUCCCAACUCAAGAAUAUCCGUCACAAAAAAUCAUAGCAUGUGAUCUGUCUUUAAAAAGACAAUCAAAUGCAACGAUGACAGUAAAAUUUUCGCGUUAAUAAAUAAAGUUCUCUUUGGUUUCAUCAACAUCUUUCUUAUAUUCCUCGCAUAAAAUAUUAAUUAACUUUUUGACUUCUUCUUUUUUGAGGUGUUCCAUCCUAUCAUUUCAUUUCCUCUGGCGAGACUCGUGGGUCGGGUAGGUUCUUGAAAGUAGCAUAUUGGUUUCCUGUACCAGGAAAAAAUGAUUUCUUCAUCUGUGAACAUUCCGAAUAUAUCAACAACUGAUUCGUUUUCAAACAGUGAAUAAUCUGAUUCAGGAAAUCGUUUCUCGUUAUAUAUGAAAUCUCCCGAAACCCAAUCCCGGGCUGCAGAAACUUUUGGAUAUACCAUAUGAGCAGGUGUAGAUAAUAUAGAUAUCAUUUGUCAAAGAAAUAUUAUAUACUGUCGAUUUUGACUAUUGAAUAAGAAUAUCUUCGCCUAUUAUAAUUCCAUCAGCAGUUCUAACUUCUGCAUCGGAAAGUAGCUGACGUUAGCUCAAACUUUCCAAAUCUCCGCCCUCGUACUCUUCUCCGGAAUCCUCAUCCGUCAGAGUAGCCGGAUCCGGUGGCGCUAUAUAAACUUCCUCUAUAGAGUCAUCUAUCUCGUGGUAUUCUCCAAAGGCUAUGUUAAUAGCUUCAUAAACAGUCGGGUCUCUUUGGAGAACUGCAUCAAACCUCUGAUAUAAAACAACUUAGAUACAUACUGCAUUUGUAAAUUCACUUAAGUUCUAUAAACACUGUAUACUAAUACUAAUACAUACUUCUAAAAAAUGUUACUAAAAAUACCAUACAAUGAAAAUAAAACAUGUGAUAUAUUGCUACAAAAUAACUGGAGAAUAUGCUUACAUUACAUCCUAGCGUUACAAAUAUGUAACAGUCAAUUAACCUAAUAACUUUUUUAUUUAAAAAAAUAUCAAAGCUUUUUUACACAAAAAGUAUUUAUUUAUAUCUUCUUAUACUAUUUGUUUUCUAAUAUUAACUUUAUACAAAAUAAGAUACUUAUAAGUAUACUUAUAUACUUAUUCGUUACCAACGAAGUCCAUUAUUUGAAGCUUUAUUUUUUUUAUUGUAUUUUAUCAACGCACAGAUUCAAAACAAAGUUCUAAAAAAAUCAAGCAUUUAAAACAAUGUAAACAAUAUCACCUUCUGACAAGAACUAACCUGUUUUUAACUGAAAAUUUGCGACGUAUGGGAUGGAGGAUCCAUUUAGAUGGCACCACUUUGCUGUUACAUAAUUGUAACGCUAGGAACUAAUAGGUUAAUAAAAGGAAAGGUCCCUACGGGCCCCUCCGGUGCCCGGGCCCCUGGGCGCCCACCUCAAGCGCCCAAUGGAUAAAACGGCACUGGUUUUAACUCUAACCACGAACAUUAAUUAGUUUAUACUUAUUGAUUACUGGUUUUUAACAUUCUGUAAAAAUAAAAUAAAGAAGUGAAUAAGUUAA